GAGCAGCAGACAGCCCUCUAUCUGGCAUCCACCGAAGGCCACCUUGAGAUCGUGCGCCUGCUCUUGGAAGCAAAUGCAGAUCACGGGAUCUUAAGUGGAUCCCAUGAGCGGACGGCGCUUUACCAGGCGUCUUGGCACGGGCACCUCGAGGUUGCUCGUGCUCUUCUGGACUUUGGUGCCGCUGUGAACCAGAAAGAUGGGUGCUGCCACACUGCUCUUCAG